AGAAAAGUUCUCCUCUCGGAUCACUCUUUUGGAGGCUCAGAAUAGAGCAGGGGAGGCUGAUGGUACAGUCUCUGAGCUGAAGGAACUGAAGAAUCUGCAGCAGCAGUACUUACAGAUGAACCAAGAGAUGACUGAGCUCCGUCUGCUGAAGGCUCAGCUCCAAGAAUCUCUUUUUUUGUUGCUGUUGUUGUUUUUUUCCAAGAAUCUCAAGAUCAGACAAAGAUAGAACAGAUGAUGAAGGAAGAGCUCAGGCAGGAAAAACUCUCCUGGCAACAUGAGCUGCAUCAGUUCAGAAUGGAGAAGAAUUCCUGGGAGCUGCAUGAGAGGAGGAUGAAGGAACAGUAUCUGAUGGCCAUCACAGAUAAAGAUCAGCAGCUGGGUCAUCUGCAGAGUCUCCUGAGGGAGCUGAGGUCUCCCUCCCAGACACAGAUGCUCCCCACACAGUACCAGCAACAGUUCUCUCAGCUGCUCGAGGAGAAGAACGUCCUCUCCACCCUGCUCAGUGACACCAGCCAGAGUCUCCGUGAGAACCAGCACCACUGCAGUAACCUCUUCAACCACUGUGCCAUUCUGGAGAAAGGGGUGCAGAAGCUGCAGGCGGGGCCACUAAAUGCAGGUGUUGCUCAAGGAGCACCCCAGGAAAAAAAGGAAAAUUACCGAAAGAGUGAACCUGAGACCACAGGAGAGGAGCAGCCAAGGUAGGAGGAGCAGGCUGCACCUCCCAGCAUGCCCUGCGUGCAGAGAAACUGGGUGGUAGACCAGAGAGGGUAAUGGGAAUGAAUAUGACCAAAAUACACGUCAUCUACACCUAUGGAAGUGUCGUAAUGAAACCUGUCAUGUGUGAUCAAUAUAAGCUCUUUUAAAGAAAUUGAGUUGGAAUCUUAGCGGAAAUAGAGUUUGUCAUACACACUUAAUGUGUCCUGUUAUCUGACUUGUGUCACAGGAGUAAUGGAGAGAUUGACGGGAACAACACCCAGCAGAUUGU